GGUGUGUGUCUGAGUGUGUUUGUGUUGUGUAGUGUGUGUGAUUGUGUGGUGUGUGUCUGAGUGUGGUCUUUUGGCAGUGUGUGUGUUUGUGGGUUGGUGGUAACGGGGUCACCGGACCCUCUCUCCCCCCUCCCCUCCUCAGCGUCAUGUUGGACGGCCCCGCCCCCAGCUCCGCCCCCCCGCCCGCCAGGACGGGCGGCCGCUGCCCCCCCCAGCCCAUGAGGAGGCGGGACAAACCCCAGGUCCCGGAGAAGCCCCAGGUCCCGGAGAAACCCCAGGUCCCGGAGAAGCCCCAGGUCCCGGAGAAACCCGGAUCCCGGACAAACCCCGGGUCCCGGACGGACCGCUGCCCCCCCCGGAGAGCCACUUCCUCCCCUCCUACGAGCGGCUGGAGGCCGACGACAAGAAACACAACAACAACAACAACAACAUGGUGGCCGACCUUCUCAUUGGUCACCAGCGACACGUGAUGACGGCGCCCGGAUCCAAGAUGGCGCCCUGACGGUAGAGCCGGAUGUAGCGUCCCUGCACUGAGCACGCUCCAUGGCCUCCCGCGUUUACAAGACUACUGUGAGGAGCAGCGGACCGGAGGAGAGACACGACACGGUCUCACCCCACGACCUGUCUCUCCUCCCCUAUCAACACUCACUCACACAGAUACACACACACACACACACACUCACACACACACACACAGACUCACAGAUACUGACAUACACACACUCAAAGGUACUCACACACUCAAAGAUGCUCACACGCACACAUACACUCACAGAUGCACACACACACAUACACACACGCAGACACACGCACACACAUUCACAGAUCCUCACACACUCAUUCACACACCCUCCAAACACUCAUCCACACUCACACACACACGCACGCACUCAAAGAUACUCACACACACACACACACACACACACACACACACACACACACAAACUCUCACACACACACACACAGAGACACACACACGCACACACAGAUAGAAACGGCCAUUUCCAGUUUUCAUAACACAUGCCGUUGGUACUUAUCAUGAAUUGUCCGUCUACUAUAUCAGCGUGAAAUAAAGAGAGUAUUUUUAAUGGACCCUGGGGGGGGGGGGGGGGGGGGGGGGGGCUGCUUGUGUGUAUAUAGGAGCCCUCGUCCACAAACACGCUCCACACACGCUCCAGCGCUGGGGGGAGGGGGUAUUUAUUUUUUUAGCCGUGCCAUUUUAAGUUCCCGACCCGGAGGGCAGACACUGCUCUCACCGCUCAACGUUUUAACACAAAGAAGAGAGAAAAGUCUACAGAGAUGUAUACACACACACACACACACACACACACACACACACACACACACACACACACACACACACACACACACACACACACACACACACACACACACACACGUCACAAGUGUCUGAAUGUCACCUAUUUAAAAGUUCUAUAUAUAUAAAUAUAUAUACGAAGAGAGAGAUGCUGACGGCGCCUCAUGCGGCUCUGGUCUGCACAGAGCUGAGUAUUUUGCCGAGGCGUUGUUUUAUUUAUAUUGCGUGGAGACGGCUCAGCCUCUAUAUCAAAGGUUUCAGAAAAAAAGACGUUUCAAUUAAAGACGUUUUGAGAAGACGUUUUUUUUCCCUUUUUGUUUACGCCCGGGCGCGAAGAAGAGCGGCCAUCUUGAAGCGGUUGGCGUCUGUCGGUUUUUGCGUCCCGCCUCCACCGAUGGACAAUCAGAGACACCAGACUUAGAGACAACAGUCUCAGAGACACCAGACUCAGAGACACCAGACUCAGAGACACCAGACUCAGAGACACCAGACUCAGACACCAGACUGAGAGACACCAGACUGAGAGAAACCAGACUCAGAGACACCAGACUCAGACACCAGACUCAGAGACACCAGACUCAGAGACACCAGACUGAGAGACACCAGACUCAGAGACACCAGACUCAGAGACACCAGACUCAGACACCAGACUCAGAGACACCAGACUGAGAGACACCAGACUGAGAGACACCAGACUCGGAGACACCAGACUCGGAGACACCAGACUCAGAGACACCAGACUCAGAGACACCAGACUCAGAGACCAGACUCAGAGACACCAGACUCAGAGACACCAAACUUACCGACAAACAGACUCAGAGACACCAGACUCGGAGACACCAGACUCAGAGACAAGAGACACCAGACUCAGAGACAUCAGACUCAAAGACAUCACAGAGAGACUCAGAGAUACCAGACUCAGAGAUACCAGACUUAGAGA